AAUUGGUUACUUUUCAACACUGACAAUUGCUGGCUCCAAUCCACACAGAAAACAAAAAACAACAUCUUCAAUAGACUUGAAUUGCUUCCGAUGAAGUUUCCUCACAUAUAGCUGCGCAAUGGAGUUCACCACGUGUCUCGAUAACUUUGACGAGGACUCCAUAGAACCCUGCCGCACAUGCGGUAUUUACUACACGAUGGGCCUGAACAUGGACCAAGCGAUGGUCAAGCCCAUAUUCGGCAGAGACAACGCCUCCAAGGAGUCCAUGGGGAAAAUAAUCGAGCAAAUGGCUGCUUGGGAUCUGAAGGUGGUGCGGGAAGACGGUCGGCCGCAAUACAUGUGCAUAUCCUGCAUCGCGGAAUUUAAGAAACUGCUGAAAUUCAAGCAGAGUUGCCUCGAGACGCAAGAGCUGUUCGGUGAUCUUGAGGCUCAGCGAGGAAUAGUUAUUAAGAAGGAAAUUGAUGCUGAUCCGGAGGAACAGUUUUGCGGAUUUAUCUAUUUGGACACAGAUGACGAAGACGUCAGCGACGAGGAUGGAAGCCGCCGCGUUUGCGCCGCAUUUGACAUUCCACAUGUUCCCAUCAAGGAGGAGCAUAUGGCCAGGGUACCAACACAAAACGAAUCUGUAUUUCAGUCGCCAGAGCCAAAGGUUCUGGGCUCUCCCUUGCGGUCAAGCUUUGACAUGAUGGAUGUAGAGGAGUUAACCGGCAGCAUGUUUGUUACGUCCAGUGAGGAAGCGUCUGCAACGGCAGAUGAAAAUGAUGAGGAAUCUGAGGAAGAGGUCGAAGAGGAAGAGGAGGAGGAAAUUUUUAAGUUCACCUACGACGACGAUGGCGAGACAGCAGUCACGCUGCCUUUGCCUGUAGCCUCUCCUGUAGUCUAUUGCAAAAUGUGCUCCCACGAGUCGCCUAAUCAGGAAGAGCAUCUAAACCAUAUGCGACGUACCCAUCUUCUCAAGGAUUGGGAGUGCCAUGUUUGCGGCAAAAAGUUUACUAACGCUCCGGAGUCACGAUUAAAGUUCCACAUGAAGUGGCACAAGCUGGCCAAUCAUCUCAAGUGCCCCAUUUGCGGUUUCCUUUGCAACUCUAAGGACACCCUUAAGGAACACAAACAGGCCGUUCAUACUCGCACCAAAUGUUCCUAUUGCCGCAAGACUGUUAAACAAAGCUUACUUCAGGAGCACAUGAAUAAACAUUUGGAAGAACGCGAGGCAGAACUUGCUCAUCAUGUUCAGCAAAACCUGAAACUUCGGUCCAAACCUAGCGUAGGAAGAGCAAAGGCAUCUUCCAAUCAAAUGAUCUCUGAUGGCUCGGUAGAGUUUGAUUUCAGAAACCAAUUACCUCCUGAGAACCCGACUAAUUUAGUGACCACUUCAGUGCGAGUGGUUAAAUCUGCUUCCGUAAAGCCAACCAUGCGAGCUCCCUCUCCGCCUGUUUUGACUCCUGACGAAUCGUUGAACGAGCCGCAGCAGUUUGAAGCUCACGUCCUGGCCACUCACAAAACGCCCCAAAAGAGGAAGAGAUCUUUGGAAAAAACGCCAAGAUCAACCAGAUACAAGAGUCAAUCACAGGUUUCGUCCCUUUCUAAUGAAUUGGAGCAGACCAGCAUUGCCGAGAAAGGUUCUUUCGAACUGCAGGAUACCAACCGCUCGCCUACUAUUAGCCCAAAAUCGUAUACUUCCUGCCACAUAUGUGGCAAGGAAUUCGACUUGAAAAUAAAACUUAACCGACACCUCAAACAGCACAAGAAGGCCAUCUAAGCCAUAAAUUGUCCAAUGUAUAUAUCUCGGUCAGAAGAACCACAAUUCAGGAAGUUACCAUAGCUAAACCUGAAGUUUAGCCUACUAAAUGUUUAAGACUUAUUGUGGGUAUUAUUUUCCUUUCAUCUAAUUCAUUAUCCAUAUAAAUUAAGGUUUAUUUAAGUUCUCAAGUUGAAAAGACAAUUAAGUGCGCGAAAAAAUGUCUUUUUUUAAAAAAGUCCUAAGUUAAAAAUGUUAUUU